AUGCCGAAGGCGGCGGCGGGUGACUGGGCAGAUGGAUGGUCCUGUGUUGUUAAGCUGAUGAUACUAACCCGCUCAUCAAAGGAUAAUGACGAAUAUGCAUGCAUAGCAGCUUGCGGGCCAGCGUCGGCUGGAAAUGCCAUAAAAAACCUAAAACUUUGCUACAAUGGGGCUGGCGUCCACCCAAACACAAACAAGAAACAAACACAGGACCGAGCGCGAGGCGAGGUCCCUCCCCCGCCCCGUGCCCACCCCAAAACAAACAAUUCGAAACCUCGCUUCCGCCGCCGAGGCCGAGCCCCCCAAUUUCAAAAUCGAAACUUUUCCACGCGCAGCGGCGAGGCGGCAGUGGUCCCUUUCGGCCAGCUCUCCUCCCAUCCCCUCCGAAGCGGCCGAGAUCUCGUCGCGCCGCGGCGAUGCCACACCGCGCUGGCCGUCGCCGGCCGGGUGACCGGGCUCGAGCGGGAGGCCGCGCGCCUCAGGGAGGGCGCCGCCGAGCGGGACCGGGAGAACGCCGAGCUGCGGGACCGCGUCGCGCUGCUCGACCGCGCGCUCCAGGAGACCAAUGCCAGGCUCCGCGCCGCGCUCGAGGACAAUAUUCAGCUGAGCAAGGAGCGGGACUCGCUGGCGCAGACCUCCAAGAAGCAGGCGCGCGACCUGCACAAGCUGGAGUCGUUCAAGAGGCAUCUGAUGCAGUCACUCCGUGAUGAUAGUACAUCGCCGCAAGAAACGGUUGACAUUACAACAUGUGAUCAGUCAGUAUCAUCCAAAACAUCGUCCUGUGGAGACGGAUCUAUCAGCCACACUGCAGCAAGUUUGUUGAAUGGGUCUGGGGAUCUUGGAAGCACGACAAGAGAAGUGGCAAGGCCUCCACUCCAAAAGUAUGCCCUCUCCCCACACAUCAACCAACGCCUUACGCCAGAAGCCACACCAAAUAUAAUGUCCACCUCUGCUUCUCCAAGAGGAAUGUCUACCACAGCAACACCAAAGUUGGUAUCUGGAGCUACCUCGCCUUCAAGAACUCGAAUUGAGGGACACAUGUCAAUGACACCAUGGUAUUCAAGCAAGCAGUCGUCUGCAGCUAACUCACCUCCAAGGGGACGUCCUAACCCAGGUCGCACUCCUCGUAUUGAUGGAAAAGAAUUUUUCCGUCAGGCCAGGAGCCGUCUAUCAUACGAACAGUUUGGAGCGUUCUUAGCGAACAUCAAAGAGCUGAAUGCUCAUAAGCAGUCACGAGAGGAAACCCUCAAGAAGGCCGAAGAGAUAUUCGGUCCAGACAGCAAAGAUCUAUACCUCUCUUUCCAAGGCUUACUAAACCGCAGCUUGCCGUAGGGUGUAGGAUUCACAAAGUGCUCCGCUUCUGACAGUAGGAAGUCACCGCGGUGGAUAACUUAUGUCAUCUAGAGUGGUAUGCAAUGUUCAAUUGCAAUUUUGGACCAUUAGAUCGUGAAAUGGUUGGAUCUGCCCGAACUAAAGCGGUUUACAAGUUGUAAUCUGGUAAAAUUUGGUUCUCAACCUUGUUUCUUCAGAUCGUUCAUUCUCGGGGGCCAGUACUGUAACAAAAAACAACCUGAAGCUAUUUCAUGCCUUGUGAUAACUUGAGCUGCAUGCAAUAUAUGGUUAUCUGAUAUCUACCAGAUAGA